CAGAUGUCAGGGCAGCCAGUUCAGAUGAACUUAGGCGGCGGCAGGGGGCUGCAGCAGCACCAGCCGCUGCAAGUUGCUUCGCGCUACCCUGACAUGGAUCAUCAGUUCUCAAAAAUGCGCAGCGCCAUGCACCGGAAUAUAGUUGAUCAUCUUAUGAAGAUGAUGAAAAUUGCUGAGAACCAGAGCCUUGGGAAACUUGCCGAUAGGUUAGAGGAAGUACUGUACAGAUUGCAUCCAACAAAGGUUGACUACUAUGUGAUGCUGAAAGGACCAAUCGAACCACAUUUGCAAGGUGCUAUUAAGGUCCUUUCCCGCCAUGGUAAUCAGCAUCAACAAAUGUCGCAUCAGACACCAACUCCUUCCCACUGUGGCACAAUGGUUCCAACACCUGGUUCCAUGUCCAAUGGCUACCAGGAUCCAUCCAUCAAUGUACUACAAAAUUCCAUGGCUACCAGUGACUCAUCAGUAAUGUGUCCAGUGAAUACGCAACGACAGGUAGCUCAUAUGAUUCCAGCUCCAGGAUUUAGCGGUCAUCAGAUUUUACCUUCCAAUCCUGUUUACCCAUGUGGAGCUGGAUACCUCAAUGGGGAGUUGAAUGUCAUACCACAAGUGCAUGAGCAAAAACCCAUGCCAUUUUCUAUCAACCAAGGUAGCUAUCCAAUGCAGCAUGUAGGCACCCAUGUUGGUUUUGGAGUACAUUCAAGAAUGUUGGAGGAUUCCUCUUCAAAUGGUUUGUCGGGUCCACAAAUCAAUGGUGAUAUAGGUUUCCCUGGCUCGAAUAUGCAGCUAUCAUACGGAACUGUAGCAGCAAAAGAAUUUACGAAUAUACCUCCUUAUGGCAAUUCACCUGAGAAACUGCUGCAGCAAGAAUUCAUUUGUCAUCCUCCAAAGGGAACACCAACAUCAGCGUUUGUUUCUGGAAAUCUUCAUGGCACUGUUUCUUCAACCUUAAAACCUAUAGGAAACCAGAUGAAUGCUGCAAAUACAUUGCCCACUUCAAGAAUGGAAUGCGCAUUACUUACAAGUCAGACAACCAAGCAAUCCCUUCAACCAAAACCUGUUAUAAAAGCCGAGGUAUUGGAUCAAACGGAAAAUGUGAUCUUUACGAAAUCACAGUUACCUUACCAACAUCAGCAGCAACAUUAUUUUGAGCCUAAUCGUCCUUGUUCCCAGUUUGUGAAGGGAUCACAUCUUGGUUCUUGUUGUGAUGAGCAACUAUCUAAUCAAGGAGCUUUACCAUAUAAUGAGUUAAUGUAUUCGAAAGCAACUGAAGAUAAUGACAAAAGCGACCAGAUGUAUCGGCAGUAUGUUUCUCAUAAUAACAUUCAGAUCACCUCAGGUUCUCAGCAGCUAUUGUCUUCACAUGCAAAAAAUACUGAACUGAUAAGCAGUAUGUUUCAGAGACCAAUGUCACAGGACGCAACAGAACAACAUGUUUCAUCUGAUUGGCCCAAUGCUGGUUGUGCUAUGACUCCAAUUGAUCACAAACCACCCAAGCUUCCAACAAGAGGAUCUGAACGUGCAACAAAUAAAUACGAUCUACAAACAUUGCGGCUGAUCAAGUUCAUUCAUGCAAAAAUUUCUCCAUGCCCUCUUGGGGGUAGUUGUAAAUCACCAAUUUGUGCUCGUCUACAGGAGAUAUUGAAGCAUUCUAAUGACUGUCAAACAAUAGAUUGUUUGUAUGGUUACUGUAAACAAUCAAAGGAGGCUAUUUAUCACUACAAUAAUUGUGUUAAUAAGCAUUGUCCUAUAUGUAGCAAAGCAAAAAGUCUGAGCCACUAUUGUGAUCAAACUAACAAGAGGAAUACAUUUGAAAGGAGUAUCAAUGGGGCAAAUGGUGACAGAAUGGGCAUCAACAUGGUCACAGCUGAAACCUUUGACGAUCAACCACCUAUGUCAAAGCGUUUAAGGUUGCAACUCCUGCCUCCUAAUGUGUCUCAUAGUGCUGAUGCCUCUGUUCCUCAAGCAUGUACAGGUAUUGUGUCACAGCAAGCUCAUCCUAAACAUCUUGGGCAGGAUAAAAUGAUAUUCCCAAAACAAGAGCAAAACAUUGAGAUCGAUAUACAAUCACCACGAAAGGUUGAGAUAAUUAGGUCUUGUGCUGUUGGUAAAACAGGUGCAAUUCAAACUUAUGUGGUUCCUGAUGUUUCAAAUGAGCUAGAUUCUUAUAUUGAGAAAAAAAAUUGCCUGUCCGACAAAGAUACAAAUGAAAUUGUUGUUGAUAUUAAGAAUAAUGCAAACGGCUCUACAGAUGCCAUGAUGUCCAAGAUAGAGAAAACAAAGAGAAAAGGUGUUUCACUCAUGGAAUUGUUCACUCCUGAGCAAAUACAUGAACACGUCCGUAGUCUAAGACAGUGGGUUGGUCAGAGUAAGGCUAAAGCUGAAAAGAAUCAAGUAAUAGGGCAUUCCAAAAACGUGAACUCAUGCCAGCUUUGCAAAGUAGAAAAGCUUUUCUUUGAACCUCCACCAAAAUAUUGUUCUCCCUGUGGUGCUCGGAUAAAACGGAAUGCACCAUAUUAUAGUGAUACUGUCACUGAAAGUGGUCCCUACUAUUUUUGUAUACCAUGUUACAGUGAAUCUCGCAGUGACUCAAUUUUAGUGGACAAUAUUCAACUGCUCAAGUCAAAACUUGUGAAAAAUAGAAACGAUGAUGAGCUUGAAGAAGCGUGGGUUGCAUGUGACAAAUGUAAACGCUGGCAGCACCAGAUUUGUGCUCUUUUUAAUGCCAAAAGGAAUGAUGAAGAAAAAGAUGCAGAAUAUAUUUGCCAUAGCUGCUAUAUUCAAGAGAUAGAACAUGGUUUGCGCAUGCCUUUGCCACUGAAUACUGUUCCUGGGGCAAAAGAUCUGCCGAGGACUGUGCUUAGCGAUCAUAUAGAAGAGCGCCUUCUUCAACGCCUCAAAGAGGAGAGACAGAACAGGGCCAACAAAUAUGGGAAAAAUUUCAGUGAGGUUCCUGGAGCAGAGGGGCUUGUUGUCAGAGUUGUUUCAUCAGUAGACAAGAAAUUGAAAGUUAAGCCACAUUUUUUGGAGAUUUUUCGAGAAGAUAAUUACCCAGCAGAGUUUCCUUACAAGUCCAAGGCCAUUCUUUUAUUUCAGAGAAUAGAAGGCGUGGAAGUAUGCCUAUUUGGCAUUUAUGUGCAAGAAUUUGGAGCAGAAUGUGCAUUCCCAAACCAACGUCGGGUGUAUUUGUCAUACCUUGAUUCUGUCAAAUACUUUAGACCUGAGAUUGAAACUGUUUCUGGUGAAGCCUUACGAACGUUUGUCUACCACGAAAUUCUGAUAGGUUAUCUCCAGUAUUGUAAGCAGCGUGGGUUCACUAGUUGUUACAUAUGGGCGUGCCCACCUUUCAAAGGUGAAGAUUACAUUAUGUAUUGCCAUCCAGAGAUUCAGAAGACACCAAAGUCCGACAAAUUGCGAGAAUGGUACUUAUCUAUGCUUCGAAAAGCUACUAAUGAGGGUAUAGUCGUUGAGCUGACAAAUCUAUACGAGCACUUUUUUAACCCUAAGACAGAAUGCAAGGCUAAAGUGACUGCAGCUCGCUUGCCAUAUUUUGAUGGUGAUUAUUGGCCUGGAGCUGCAGAAGAUAUAAUCAACCAAAUUCGCCUACCAGAAGAUGACAGAAACCUGCAGAAGAAGGGAAAGUUAAAGAAGACUAUUACAAAAAGAGCAUUGAAAUUUGCUGGUCUUACAAAUUUAAAUGGGAAUGCUUCGAAGGAUGCUAUGCUGAUGCAAAAGCUCGGAGAAGCCAUUUACCCAAUGAAAGAAGAUCUCAUCAUGGUCCAUUUGCAACAUUCUUGCCAUCACUGCUGUAUCCUUAUAGUUUCAGGAAGACGUUGGGUCUGCAGUCAAUGCAAAAGUUUUUAUAUUUGUGACAAGUGUUAUAAUGUAGAAGAACAGCGUGAAGCGAAGGAGAGGCAUCCAAGUAAUAGUACUGACUUCCAUAUACUACAUCCAGUUGAAAUUGACGGGGUGCCUAAAGAUACCAAGGACAGAGAUGGCAUCUUAGAAAGUGAAUUUUUUGAUACCAGGCAGGCAUUCCUGAGUCUCUGUCAAGGAAACCAUUAUCAAUAUGAUACCCUUCGUGGUGCAAAGCAUUCCUCAAUGAUGGUGCUAUACCAUCUUCAUAAUCCAACUGAACCAGCUUUCGUAACCACAUGUGAUGUCUGCAAGAACAAUAUCAAAACUGGUCAAGGAUGGCGGUGCAAAGAAUGCGAUUAUGAUGAGUGUGUUGCUUGUUACAAACACAAUGAAGGCGCCAAUCAUGUCCACAAGUUAACUAAGCAGCCAACAGGAGCAGACAUGGAUACUCACCAAAAGAAGAGUGCUGAAACGACACAGAUGUUGCUCCGACUUUUGGCACACGCAGGAUCUUGCCCGGGCCGUGGUGGUUGCCAGUAUCACAAUUGCCGAAAACUUAAAUCUCUCUUCCAUCAUGGAACACAGUGCAAAACACGUUCAUCGGGAGGCUGUCGUCUGUGUAAGAAACUGUGGGGCUUGAUUACACUCCAUGCCAGAGGUUGCAAAGAAUCACAAUGCAAUAUACCAAGAUGCAGGGAUACGAAGGAGUAUUGGAGAAAGCUGCAACUGAUGCAAUGGCAGUCUGAGUCCCGGAGGCGUGCUGCCGUCAACCAAAUGAUGAUGCAACGGCAGUUGGAGACCAGUAGCCGGGCUGCUGGAAAUGGUGUGAACGUGUAAGGAAGAUCAAGAGGACCUGCAUAUUAACAGCAUCAAUGCGUUCUAUACUGGGGAUGAAAUGUCUUCCAUUUUCAGCCUCCUUGCUCAGUUCACCUGACUGGAAGUGGUACUGCAGCUGGUGGCUCAUCCCUGACAUGAUUCGUUUUGUUCAUCAUGUUCAGAUCUGGUCUUCUAUUGUAUGUUGCUCAUGUAUGAUAGGUUUCUGUGCAAGUGUCAAUUGAUGAGAAAAUUUUGUCGUAGUUUCUUUUUUCUUGGUAAAUACAGAACAUGGGUCUCUAGGAAAGACACAGAUAUGGCCAGUCUUUUCAUUCAUUGAUUUCUUUUUUUUUUAGAAUACGCAGGAGAGCUGCGUAUCUUUGUAUUAAGAAGAGAAAGCGAACAAAGUUUUUUACAA